AUGCAGUCACUGGGCCCUCGCGCGGCAUCCUCGCGAGCGGCCGGCCCGAGCACAGUCGUAUUGACGCCCCUGACCGCACGAUCAUCGUCGACGACGCGUCUGAGCCAACUAGACGUGUCGACCUCGUCGUCCGCUUCGCUGCUGGCGCCUUCCUCGUCGGGAUCGGGAUCGCCGCCGCCGCCGCAGCAGCAGCAGCAGCAGCAAUCGGAAGCUUAUCGAGCCUGGCGCCGAGACUCGAAGGAGCGCAUCGAGCAACAGCAGCACCGACGGCAGCACCGACAGCCACAGCCACAGCCACCGUCACAGUCACCGUCACAGUCACAGCUGGCACACCAUCGCCACGACAAGCAUCACCCCCCUGCGUAUCACUCCGCUCUGCCAUCGGGCGUCGCGGUGCCUACUCGAUCAGCUUAUCCGCCGAGCCCGAGGUCCAGGUCGGCUCAUCCGAUCACCAACGGCUCGGAGUCCGGAUCGUCGACGAGGAACCACCACUACGACAGGCCCAGCCAGGACAAGGCCGUCUCCUUUGUCAUCGGUGCACCCUUGUCCGAUUCGACCGACGAUGAAGAUGAUGCUCGUGCACGCGAUGGCGCCUCGAAACCCAGUAAAAGACCGACGCCCCGAUCGACUCCGGUUCGAGGAAGAGCGACAGGGUCAGGUGCAGUGCAAUCAGAGUCCAGCUCAAGGGUCGGAGAUGCACAAGCGAUCGAAGACCCCACGGAAGAAUACACGAUCGAGGACGUCAUUCGACUGCAGGUGCGCUCAAACUGGUGCCAUCUGAGCCGUCGGCUUGCCGUCCAGAGUUCUUCCCAUCUCAAUCGGCUGACCGGUCCAUGCACUGUGCCCUGGGUGUAUGUUCAUAGAUCGCCCAACCCAUACACCGGCUCGAUCCCAACAACUUUGACGCCCUGCUCAAACUUGGGAUCGGAGAUUAUACAUUCAGCCUGCGCGCUGCUGCUCCAGGCUCUGCCCCAGCUUCUGCUCCCUCAGCCAUACCCAGUGCCGGUUCAUCACCCGCACCCCCCUUAGCGACCCAACCGCACCCUGAUCGCGUCAGCUUAGGCAAAGGCAAAUUUAGCGAAGUUCUCUUGGCGCAGAAAGAGAACACCUCGGUGGGUUUCGCAAACGAGGAAAAGUGUGGAGCUUGAACUGACGCUCUCAAUGUCUUUACUCGCAUAGUUCGCACUUAAACACACCCCACUGUAUUCUCACCACCCUCUUAUUGCGAGUCGGCUACUGCGAGAGCCCACAAUUCUAGCCCAGUUGCUACCCCAUCCGAAUCUAGUCAAGGUAGAUUCAUCGUUCUGGCUAGCCAUGCGAAUGCUCAAGAACCGGCGCUCACUCCUUUUAUCUAAUAUCGCCAGGUCUACGAAACAAUACGAACGCCUGGUCACUUCUACCUCGUCGAAGAAAACCUGCAGUCCUCGGUCACGCUCGAACAGCUAGUCGCUUCGUACCCCGAUGGCAUACUUCCUUUACCGCUUGCUUGGAGUGUUCUCAGGCAGUUGGCUAGUGUGGUUCGGAGUCUACACGAACCGUUGCGAGUGUGCCAUAGGGAUAUCAAGGUAAGUCCCAAAUUUGGUCAUGACUUGUGCAGCGCUGGAGAGCACUAAUCCGCUGUCAUCCGUUUGCACAUCCAGCCUGAGAAUAUUCUCGUCCAUGUCAGCUCGUCGCCAACAGAUCCGCAACCGACCUUGAUGCUCAAGCUGCUUGAUUUUGGUCUAGCGACCCACUUUUCUGCGAGCGAAGCCAAGUUGACGACUUGUUGCGGCAGCCCAGCUUAUCAUAGCCCCGAGUUAUGGCGUGGCUUGCGUGAGCCGAGCGGCGCUGUGCGCUACUGGGUGAGUUGGAAGCCGUAGCAACACGACGGGGGUAUCAGACACUCAAUGGUCUCGUCACCUUCACAGGGUCCGGAAGUGGACAUCUGGUGCGUCGGUCUGACCGUCUUGCGAUGUCUGUCGCCGAGCAAAUACCCACUUGGCAUUGCGCACUCCUCGCUUAUCGCACUGGCGGACAAGGUGGUGGAUGCCCUGCUCGUGGUCAAAGACGACGCGAUGCGACAAACGCUGGCCGUCCUCCUCGAAAUGGACGGUUCUUUGCGUAUGAGAUCUUUCGAGCAAUUCUGUCUGCGCAAGGACGUACAGGAAGUCAAGCAUUUCAAAAUGCCGGCGAACGCUCCACGGACGACGCCGAAUUCCCCUGCGGUAACAGAUCUCUCCUCCCUCGAGGCUUCUCCCAAAGAUGCCGCCGGAGAAUUGCUCGGGCAAACCGAGGCUGCUGGAGAAGCGCAAGCACCUUCGCGCAAAGAGUUCAAGAGCACGACUUUCAUACCGAUGGAUCCGCAAUACUUUCUCGACCUGCCUCUGCUGUCAUCGUCGGACGUCCCAGAUGGACCUCGACCGCUGCAAGUGUGCGCCGUCGACGGCGACGCCAUGCCAAUGCGUUCGCGGUCGCCGAGCCGCACUCGAUUAUCUCGUCAUCGACAUUCGUCGUCACUGAUUGUGGACUCCGCAGACCGACUCGCACAUGAAUUGGCUACCCCUGACUCGCCGGCACCCGCCAUCGCGUCGGAUUUGGACCCGUCCGUGCAAACUAAUGUUUCGGUGCCCGCUACGCCCCUCACGCCUCAAAUGAACAUGUUCGCAUCAUUGCACGACCCUUAUCCUCCCCCCAUUGAGCUCCUACUUGCCAAUCCGACCCACGAAUCGAUCUAUCGUGCCACCUCCUACAUCAAAUACGCACUGCGAUGCGCUGGUAUCCUGUACCAUGUUCGCGAAGAGGCGAGAGAACGCCGGAGCUCGGUGAUUGGAUACGACGCGAAGAGCUCUCCGCCAACGGCCACGAACUCUGUCGACCUGGACGACUCGUACUUCUGUCAUCUCGAAUGCGUUGUACGCCUUCCCGACAUGGAUCUCUCGUCCAAAGCGUCCUCAGCUUUGAUGGCCGCACUGCGACCGCCCAUGAGCCGAGCACACACGACUGGAGGCCCUAACUUUCGCAGCAGCUCGACUCCAGCUGCACGUGACGGGCGACAACCGCGACAACAAGAAGCCGGCGCUGGUAAGAAGAAAGUCGAGGAGGUCUCGGCUUUGACCUUCUUCCUCUCGAUUCGCAAGGCUGCCCCACCGUUCCGGCGCCGACAUUCGACCCGCCGCCGUACGCCCGAACGUAUCAGUGUGCAGCUGUCGGAUGCACGGGCCCUCAAGCCGGUCCGAGAUGCACUCCGCUUUGAUAGCGUGUCAAAGCUCCCGGGGGCCAAAUCCAGCGACUUGGCCGAUACCUCGGACUUGGAUCGACGAGGAAGGCUGCCACGAGGCGAGGACAAGCAGACCACCUUCAGAGGCACCCACCACAGUGCAGAGAGGAGUUCACGAGAUCGACGCCCUAUGUUGACUGUCAGUCUAUCUACGGGACCCAAAGGGCAUGAGCCGAGGACCUCAGCCUUGGGACUUUCGACGGGUCCUCUCGCAGACGGUGAAGUGACGCCGAGGAGGCAAGGUUUUUUCGACUUUGUGGCGGGAUGGACCAAGGCAAGCGGCGCAGCAGAGGCCAAACCUGCGCGAACCCCUUCUUCUGAACAAAUCUCCAAUGUUGAGGCUCAACGGGUGAGAUUGGCAGCCAUGGCUAUAGGGCACACCUAG